GCCGCGGCCACGGAUUCAUGUUGCAUGCACGAUGCUGGAUUUAAUGCCAAAGCUGCUGCCGAACGAGCGCAGGAGCUGGCUGGCCACAGCUGGGAAUACGGGACAGCAUCAGAGGCACUACUAGAACUAUACAAUCCCAGACUUUCAGUAUUUUCGCCUCAAGCCUUUCCCGCUGGAAAAGUGCCCGAUUCGAACCCUCGGCUGGUGCCUGCGCUGGCCUUUGCCAAGCGCCAUAUCAGACUCGACAAUGAAACUCUCAUCGAUGGCGAUGGGGCCUCGGGUGAUCCGGCUUCCCUGGGCGUGUCUGCCCUCAUGAUCGGGCAGACCGACAAGCGGUAUGCGGAGGCAGCGCAACGACAAUUCCAGCAUUUCGACAAAGUCCCCAAGUGGAAAAAUGGCGCCAUCUCUCACCGGGACGACUAUGCGGAACUAUGGGCGGAUUUCAUCUACAUGGCUCCACCAUUCAUGGCCUAUUAUGCAGUGGCCACCAAUAGCACGGAAACCAUCAAAAAGGCCAUUAUGCAAUGUCUCGCGUACCGACAAGCGCUCAAGCCGAACACAUCGAGUGACGCCGUGAGCGCUGGUACAUGGCAGCACAUCCUCGGACCUGAACACGAGGAUCUUGGGCGGUGGUCGACGGGUAAUGGCUGGGCUGCAAUGGGCAUGGCGAGAGUGUUGGCCACGCUGCUUCAUUGGCCGCCCACAGCAGUCGAAGCGAACGCACAAAUCGCCCAAGCGGAUUUAUUCACUUGGAUCGGCGAGAUUUUGCAGGGUGCGAUGAGCUCACCAAAAGAAGAUGGUUUGCUGCGGAAUUAUCUCAAUGACACGACCUGGUUUGGAGAAGUCAGCGGGACCGCCCUCUUGACCGCGACUGUCUACAGAGUAGCUGCGAUGCAAGAAGAAGCGAGUGCUCUCUUCAAUGGUUCCGCGCAAAAGGUCAGAGACACGCAUCCUGACAUCAAGAAGCCGGUCUCCAACGAGAUGCUCAAAUGGGCAGACGACAAUCGAGCGGCCAUUGCCAAACACGUGUCAAGCAACGGCGUGGCCAGUCCAGUAGUCAAUCCUCUGGGCUGGGGAGACCGAACGCCUUAUACCAAGGGGAGUGCAGAAGGCGAAAGCUUUCUCGUGAUGAUGUACUCUGCCUGGAGGGACUGUAUUGUGGCCGGAGCUCAUCACUGAAUGCGAACCCGAGGUUACUCUAUCGGGAACUACAUCGUCGGUGUAAUAUGUCGGACUCGUAGACGCUGUCUGGCAACCUCAAGCGCGGGAUCAUGUCCUUCAAGUCCCCAACGAGAUUCAUCUAGCAAGGCAACACGCAACACUUUGACUCGCCCAGUCACGAUCAAGCAAUCAAACAACUUCCGACCCCUCCACAGCAGAUCCGCCAGCGUCUCCCAUCAUCAUCAUCCUCACAAGUGGAAGAACGAACUCCUCGACAACGAAGAAAAUUCCUCGACCUACCAGACGAAAAAAUCCGCAACAUCAGAAAUCUACGAAAUUCUCACAGGAAAAUUUCAACCUCCAAUUUCUCCACCAACAACCCUCCUCACCAUCAACAUCAACAUCGCCACAACCCCAUUUCGGGCCUCCUUCUAAAAACCCACCAAUGCCCGCCAAAAAUACAUUCCCAUCUUGCUCUCCACGGCUCAUGGUCCACCCACCCACCCAC